AUGUCAAGUGAUAAGUCACAAGUUCUGGGUGUCCUGACUAUUGUUGCCGGCGUUUCGGUCACCAAGAUUCAAAUCCUUCGUGGACAGUCAGCAACAUUGAUGUGCUUUUUACAAGAAAUAGAUGGGCCAGCAUUGGUGGACGUUAUGAACCUAAAGCAAGUUUCACUGAUCCUUAGCGCGUGUCUGGUAGUGGAGCUACUGGAGCCGUGCCUGUCACAGGGCGACUACCACCAUGAUGACUAUGGCUACAGCGGCAGGAGGAGAGGUGGGCGUGGCGGAGGGGGUGGAGGAGACGGUCUCGGGAACGGACUAGGAGCGUUACUCGGUGUAGCGGCGGCAGGAAUAGGCGCGGCGGCUAUAACACGGGGAAUCACCGGCAUCAUGGGACGCGGCCGGGGCUUUGGCGGACAAAUCGGUGGAUUUAACGGCGGCUAUGUACCGGCGUAUCCAUACGGAAGCGGUGGAUUCGUGCAAGGCACGCCCGUAGUAGGUGGAGGAGGCUUUUAUCCGACUUCCGGGGGAUUUCCACCGUAUUACCCUCAGCAACCGAUGUAUCCGUUUCAACAACCCGUAGCCAUAUCCCCUGCCGUUAUUCCUUCCGGUCAAGAGAGUCACGACCGCGGAAGUAGACGAGUUCUUAUUGAGGAGAACUUUGACAGGGGACAGGGCUCGAGCCAAGGAACUCCAGUCUUGGUUGGCCAACCAGUAUGGGGGUAGUCUUGGUAGGCCAAACAGUAUUGGGAUAAACGACAAUGCAUUUGCAAAACCAACGCAUGGAUUAGAUAGUUGCUGCAUAUUAAUCAACGCGUGAUAUUAACACACAACGGCAUUUGCAAGCACGUAAUAAUAAUCCGUAAUAAAAGAAAGA